CCGCUCGUGACGCCGCACGACUACAUGCUCGCGCUGUACUGGUCUCUCUCCAGCGGUGACGUUAACGGCAGCGCGCUGCACGAGGCCGGCCUGGCCAACACCAUCACGAGCUUCGUGGAUAAAGGGCAAGAUGAACGUGGGCCCCAGCUGCGACGGCAGAGGUAUCUCUUCAACAUCAGCUCUCUGGAAAGGGAUGGGCUCCUGGGGGCCGAGCUACACAUCCUGAGGAAGCGCCUGCCUGACCCUCGCAGAGUCUUGAUAGGCUACAGAGGAGGAGAAGGAGGAGGAGUCCCGUCACCGCUCCUAAGGCUGUACACCUGCGCUUCAGGCAAACAAAAGGCCGCUCUUGUCCAGGUGAAGACCGUAGAGGAUCUGUUCAGCAGCAUAUGGGAAGUGUUUGACGUUUGGAAGGUCUUUAGGGGCUUCAAAACCCAGAAAGGCCAGCAUUCCCAGGAGCUGUGCUUUGAACUGGAAGCGCUGGAGCACGGAGGCGGUCGCCCCAUGGACCUUCGCGCUCUGGGAUUCGCUCGACACGGCAGGACCAACAAGGAAAAAGCCUUCUUCUUGGCAUUUGGGAAAAGCAAGAAGCGUGACCUUUUUUACAAAGAGAUCAAAGCGCGGUCCGGCCACGACAACAAAACAGUCUACGAGUACCUGUUCACCCAGCGACGGAUGAGACGGGCACCUGCCGCGAGGGGAGCCAAGAAACCCGCGCAGCAGUCCCUGCCGCAGUCCAUAUCCCAGCACCAGACAGUGAAGGCCAGGCUGCGCUGCCACCGGAGACGGCUCCACGUCAACUUCAAGGAGAUGGGCUGGGACGACUGGAUCAUCGCGCCGCUGGAGUACGACGCCUAUCACUGCGACGGCGCCUGCGAUUUUCCCAUCCGCUCACACCUGGAGCCGACCAACCACGCCAUCAUACAAACCCUGAUUAACUCCAUGGACCCGGAGUCAACGCCGCCCACUUGCUGCGUCCCGACACGGCUCAGCCCGAUCAGCAUCCUCUACAUCGACUCGGCCAAUAACGUCGUCUACAAGCAAUACGAGGACAUGGUGGUGGAGUCGUGCGGGUGCAGGUAGCAGCUAAAACUGGAGUUGGUAUUUCAGGCUCGCUGCUACGCAACGCACAUUACUCCUCACACUCAAGCGGGCUUACAAGAAUGCAUACCAGAAACUAUUUAAGACUAAACAGAUGAAGAUAAACUCACGGAGGUGAUGCUCUGAAACGCCCACUCACUGUGUAAUGUUGACGUUGGUAGUGAUGAGCAAUAUGCAUCCAGUACAAUCCAAAUAAUGGAAACACGACCCGAUGGAAAAAGACUAGUUUGGACUGUUUCGACGGACUUUUUCCUUCUUCUUAGAUUCGUAUCAAUUUGCAGAUUGUUGUAAAGAGUUUGGAAAAAUGAAGUGUUAUACUUAAAAAUGCUCUUUUCCAGCACUUAUCCGAUGAAGUCAUUUGUAUGCCUUAUCCAAGACCUUUUUGUAAAGCAUGUCAAGAAUUUCUGAUGUAUAAAUACGAGCCAGGGAUGAAGUGCUCAUCUGACCUGCUCCAAAUUUGGGAAAGCUGCAUAAACUCGUGUUCAAUAAAAAAAAAUGUCUAAUUGACUGAGCUCCAAACUCCUAUCAGUGAAAACCUCUGCCCCCCCACCCCCUCGAGGAUCUGCAGACUAAACUAUCGGAGGAAUUUGUGAGAUUUACAGCUGCCAAAUUUACAAUUUAACCCAGGAAUGACUGUUUGAUGUGGAACAUGAGUGUUUUACUUGGCUGGCUUGAUAAACUGUUGCAAAGGUCUAGUUAAAAUUACGAGGAGUCGGGUUUUUUAACUUUGUGCCUAUU